CCCAGCACAACGGCCAUGACGUCAGGGCUUCAGCUACCAUUUGUGUCCCUCGUCUUGUCUUCUUGUGCUUCCCGGCCAUAACUCUCAGCUUGCAACGAUUCUGCAAACCGCAUCUCUUGUUUUCUCACCAACCAAUAUUUCCAGUUGAUUUGUCUGAAUCCAGACUCUCUAUCUAGGAAGGAGUGAAAACCAAUCGACCGCCUUCUCCAUCCACCAAGCGAAUUCAGCCGCGGUCAACCGCAUCCGCGCGCCCACCAUGUCCGACAUCAUUGAAAACAUGAAAGAAGCCCUCAACCCCAGAGAGCGCAAACAGGCCACGGUACCAGACUACGACCCUCACACGCGCGGUCCUUACCCCGAUAACCAAGCCUCCACCGUUGUCAACCCAGCGACCGAGAACAAGCAGUUACAUGUCAAUCCUCCAUCAGGCGACAUCCCCGACGCAAAAGCGGCGACAUCAACGCAGAAGUCGCAAAAGAUCGCAUCCGGGGUGGGUUUCAAUGCCCCCGAGGGAACUUAUGGUCCUCAUGGCUCACGCAUUGCUAACUUCUUGGAUCCUCGGGUUGAUUCAGACCGGGAUGGACGACCGAAGCACGGUCUGAGUGAUGUUGGGCCUGUUGCUGCGAGACCAGCAAAGAGAGAUUGAACCUCGAAGCGAUGCGACAAGAGACAACAGUGGGGACAAAAAUAUUGAGUUUGGGCCACGGCUGGGGGAACGAAGAGUACGAAACGAAGCGAUUCUGUCCAUCAAGAGGGAGCAAAAUGUCUGCGUCUCGGAAGAUUGGAGAUUGUGACGAGAGGUGAGGAAUAUCGAACUAUCGGACAUCUGCUGAGAACCAGGGAGGCGGGUCGUUGGCACAGAUAUUGUGAUCAUCUCAAGAGUUCUAGAGACAUCCUCAGCCGUAGACCUCGCAGGCAGUAUGCAUCAUCCAUCGCCUGGCAUCUGUACAGGCAAUGCAGUGCAACCUCAACGUCUGUAACGAGGAGUCUCCAUCACAACCUAUGAUCUAGAA